AUGGACUCCACUUUCGGCAAUGUCUUCUUGUUUCUGACGGAUCUCGCCUGGAAGAGCCGCCUCACCAUCCCCGUCUUGGUCACCACAGCAUUUCUUGUUAUGGAUAUUCGCCUGCAAAUCGAGAUCAACAUCCAGUCGGGACAAUUUAACGCCAGCGAUCUAGACGAUGCUGAUGAAGAUCUUGAUGACCAUUUAGCUGGUCACGACCACGGAUUCGACGAUGAUAGCGGUAGCGAAAGCUAUAUAGAUGAUCUCGAUGAGUACAACAGCGAAUACACCAACGACGACGGCAAUGUUAGUGAGGCUUCCCACUACAGCCUAGAUGUUUACGAUCCAUGGGGCUCCGACUGGGACGACAACGAUGAAGUCGAUGUCUAUUCUCUAGAGAUGCGGUACUAGGGCCAUAAAGCACCAUAUAAAUUUUAGGCGUAGAUUUAUUUUCUCUACAUGUAUAUACUCAGUACUACCGAAUACGAAUACCCAUUUAUCCAUUUCAUGAAGUUGUAAUUAAACACAAAAACAGUGUA